UUCCUUUUGAAGACAGAUGGCUCAUUCAUAGGAUAUAAAGAGAAACCCCAAGAUGUGGAUUUACCUUAUCCCCUCAACAACUUUUCAGUAGCAAAAUGCCAGUUAAUGAAAACAGAACGACCAAAGCCAAACACAUUUAUUAUCAGAUGUCUCCAGUGGACCACUGUCAUAGAGAGAACAUUUCACGUAGAUACUCCAGAGGAAAGGGAAGAAUGGACAGAAGCUAUCCAGGCUGUAGCAGACAGACUCCAGAGGCAAGAAGAAGAGAGAAUGAAUUGUAGUCCAACUUCACAAAUUGAUAAUAUAGGAGAGGAAGAGAUGGAUGCUUCUACAACCCAUCAUAAAAGAAAGGUGACAAUGAAUGAUUUUGACUAUUUGAAACUACUAGGUAAAGGCACUUUUGGGAAAGUUAUUUUGGUUCGAGAGAAGGCAAGUGGAAAAUACUAUGCUAUGAAGAUUCUGAAGAAAGAAGUUAUUAUUGCCAAGGAUGAAGUGGCACACACUUUAACUGAAAGCAGAGUAUUAAAGAACACUAGACAUCCCUUUUUAACAUCCCUGAAAUAUUCCUUCCAGACAAAAGACCGUUUGUGUUUUGUGAUGGAAUAUGUUAAUGGGGGAGAGCUGUUUUUCCAUUUGUCGAGAGAGCGGGUGUUCUCCGAGGACCGCACACGUUUCUAUGGUGCAGAAAUUGUCUCUGCCUUGGACUAUCUACAUUCCGGAAAGAUUGUGUACCGUGAUCUCAAGUUGGAGAAUUUGAUGCUGGAUAAAGAUGGCCACAUAAAAAUCACAGAUUUUGGACUUUGCAAAGAAGGGAUCACUGAUGCAGCCACCAUGAAGACUUUCUGUGGUACACCAGAGUAUCUGGCACCAGAGGUGUUAGAAGAUAAUGACUAUGGCCGAGCUGUGGAUUGGUGGGGCCUUGGGGUUGUCAUGUAUGAAAUGAUGUGUGGGAGAUUACCUUUCUAUAACCAGGAUCAUGAGAAACUUUUUGAACUAAUUCUAAUGGAAGAUAUUAAAUUUCCUCGAACACUCUCUUCAGAUGCAAAAUCAUUGCUUUCAGGGCUCUUGAUAAAGGAUCCAAAUAAACGCCUUGGUGGAGGACCAGAUGAUGCAAAAGAAAUUAUGAGACACAGUUUCUUUUCUGGAGUAAACUGGCAAGAUGUGUAUGAUAAAAAGCUUGUACCUCCCUUUAAGCCUCAAGUAACAUCUGAGACAGACACCAGAUAUUUUGAUGAAGAAUUUACAGCUCAGACUAUUACAAUAACACCACCUGAAAAAUAUGAUGAGGACGGUAUGGACUGCAUGGACAAUGAGAGGCGGCCGCACUUCCCUCAAUUUUCCUACUCUGCAAGUGGACGAGAAUAAGUCUCUUUACUUCUGCUACUUCACUGUCAUCUUAGGUUUAUUACUGAAAAUGAUUCCUGGACAUCACAGCAGUCCUAACUCUUACAAAUGCAGGAGCACCUUCAGACAUCCCAGACCAGUCCAAGGUCUUCACCCCUCGCCGCCUUUCACCCACAUGAGAAUACACAUAUACGCAGACACACUCGACAUUUUUGUUUUUGCAUGAAAUUGUAUCUCAGUCUUAAGGUCUCAUGCUGUUGCUGCUACUGUCUUACUAUUAUAGCAACUUUAAGAGGUAAUUUUACAAUCUUUGAAAGUCAUGAGCCCACCAUUGUUCAUUU